CCUGAGCCUCUCCCACCACCACCACUUUUCCUGUUCUUCUCCCCCUCCCCUUUCCUUUUCCUUCCACACAAUCGCGGAACCAUGGGAAUGAUAUCCGAUAUCGCGGGCCCCCUCGCCCAAUUCACUUCGCAUGCCUCCUGGCCGACGCUGAUCGCCGCCGGCUUUGCCUCCUUUCUCGCCCUCGCCGUCGUGCUCAAUGUGCUGCAGCAGUUGCUGUGGAAGGACCCGCACGCGCCGCCCGUCGUGUUCCACUGGUUUCCCGUCAUCGGGAGCACGAUUACCUAUGGCAUGGAUCCGUACAAGUUCUUUUUUGCGAAUAAGGCAAAGUAUGGCGAUGUCUUCACGUUUGUGCUUCUGGGACGCAAAAUGACCGUCUGCCUGGAUACGAAAGGGAAUAACUUCAUCCUGAAUGGGAAGCUGAAGGACGUGAAUGCCGAGGAGAUCUAUAGUCCGUUGUGUACGCCCGUGUUUGGGAAGGAUGUCGUGUACGAUUGUCCGAAUUCGAAGCUUAUGGAGCAGAAGAAGUUUGUCAAGUUCGGUCUCACCAACGAGGCGCUCCGCUCCUAUGUCACCCUCAUUACCGCCGAAGUCGAGAACUUCGUAAAGUCCCACCAGGCGUUCAAGGGCCAGAAGGGAACGUUCAAUGUACCGAAAGUCAUGGCGGAGCUCACCAUCUACACGGCUUCGCGCUCGCUGCAGGGCGAGGAGGUGCGCAACAUGUUCGAUUCGUCCUUUGCGGAGCUGUACCACGAUCUCGAUAUGGGCUUCUCCCCAAUCAACUUCAUGUUAUCCUGGGCGCCCCUUCCGCACAACCGCGCACGCGAUAAUGCUCGGGAGGCUAUGAUUAAGCUGUACUCAUCAAUUGUAGAGAAGCGCCGCUCUGGACAGGUCAAGAAGGAAUCGCACGAUAUGAUCUGGCAUCUGAUGGACUGCAAAUACAAGGAUGGCACUCCCGUCCCAAAUCACGAAAUCGCCGGCAUCAUGAUCGCACUCCUCAUGGCGGGACAGCACUCGUCCUCGUCAACCAUCGCCUGGAUCCUCCUCCGGCUCGCCAGCAAACCCCACAUAAUUGAAGAACUCCUCGAAGAACAGAAAUCCGUUCUGGGCGAGGACCUGCCCCCGCUGACGUACGACGACCUUCAAAAACUUCCCCUCCACGCCCACGUUGUUCGCGAGACUCUCCGUCUCCACGCUCCCAUCCACUCCAUCAUGCGAAAAGUCAAGCAGCCGCUCGUCGUCGACGGAACGAACUACGUCAUUCCUCCCUCACACACCCUCAUGUCCUCGCCCGGCGUCUCCGCCCAAAUGCCCGAGCACUUCGCCAACCCAUCCGUCUGGGACCCGCAUCGUUGGGACGCCGGCUCCCUGAAUUUCGAGGCCGCUGAGGACGACGAAAAGAUCGAUUACGGAUGGGGUGUAGUCUCCAAAGGCACCAACUCCCCUUAUCUGCCCUUCGGAGCGGGAAGGCAUAGGUGUAUUGGAGAGCAAUUCGCUUAUACGCAGCUGCAGACCAUUUUGGUGGCUUUCGUGAGGGAGUUUAGGCUAAGGAAUAUUGGAGGAGAGGAGGGCGUGGUGGGUACGGAUUAUUCGAGCUUGUUCAGUCGACCAUUGGCUCCGGCGUUUGUGGAGUGGGAGAGGAGGAACAAAGAGAAUUAAGGGCUAGAAGAGGUAAUUCUUGCGUGGACUCGUAGAUUGUGAUGCGACAGACAUGGGCUUGAGCGUCUUAAUUUCGUACCGACGUUCCCCUUUAGACUUGUAUAUAUUAGGGCAGGCCGCUGUAUAAGGUCUAUGUAAUGCUUGAUACGUAAUAGUGAACGGAGAGGAAAAGGAACCACGAAAUCUGCGUAACGGCGGGCUCUAUUCGGUUUUGUGAGGCAGUGACGGUCUUGGAGAAGAUUGCAAAGGGUGCGACGAUAAAGAAAAUCAAUUUCAGUCU